AACGAUUAAGCUCUCUUGUGGUGAGUAGAACAAUUACCGGCUUGGUGAGAAAACAGGAUAAACAAGUAGUCGGUACCCAAAGAUCCAUUACCGGUGUUGUCCCAGCUCGAGGACAUAUAUCAGCUGUUCGAUCAGGGUUUGAACGAUCUACUCUCAUUCAGAAGCAUAGCAAGUCGGUUGGGUUUAAGAAACCUCAGGUCACAUUAAAAUUCUUUUCCGGUUCAUCAUCAUCAUCAUCAUCAUCAUCAUCAUCAUCAUCACCACCACCACCACCAUCAUCAUCACCAUCACCAUCAUUGUCUGAUGAUUCAUCCUUUCAUCAUCUUCAACAGCAUGCGCUGAGCAUGAAACCAAUUCGAAAUGAAGAUACCGACAAGAUUGAAGAAACGACCAAAACAGCAGCCGGUUGUCAUGGAGUUGCUAACAAUUUUGAGAGUACAGAUGUUGUCGAGAAAGGAAGUCAAGUUUCAUUUUUGAGCAAGGGGUAUGUAUAUCAGAUGAUUACUCUAUUUGAGAGUAAACGAUCAAAUAUCGUUUUUGAGAAAGAAAGUCAAAAGUCGUUUUUCAGCAAGGGGAAGAAUUAUUUGAUACGUACGAACCAUCUAUUUGAGAGUGAACAACCUAAUCUCGUUUUUGAGAGCAACAGUAAGCCCGGGCCUAUUGGUGAGAGUAAAAAUUCAACAAAUAUUCACUUGAGGUGUAAACAAGAUAGAAAGGUUGAUGGUAUUCAUUGAACGUCUCCAUGUCUUGCCCCAGUUCAAGGUGAUGCAUCAGUUAUUGUUCGAUCAGGGUUUCUCCAGCCUACCCUUAUUCAUGAUGACAAGUUGAUUGGUUGUGAGAAUCAGCAGGGUAAAGAUAAGCUAUUAACUUCUGCCAUGGAAUCGCACAAAGUUGACUUAACUAGGAACCAAAGUAUAAAUGCUGUGAACAUUCAUAAGAUGACUCCUCUUGUUGUCUCAGCUUCUCUUUCCGAGUGUGAACAGCCAAUUUUUAUCUCGAAGGGUGGCAAGCCGAUUGAAUCUCUGAAACACAAGGCACAGAAAAAACAAUUAAUUUCUGUUAUGGAGAAUAGAACCAAUACUGGAUUGGUGAGGAAAAAACGUAAACAAGCAGUGGGUACCCUAAGAACCAUUACACGUGUUGUCCCAGCUCAAGGACAUAUACCAGCUGUCCGAUCAAGGUUUGAACGAUCAAUUCUCAUUCAAAAGGAUAGCAAGUUGAUUGGGUCUAAGAAACUCCAGGGAUCCGAGAAACUAUUAAGUUCUGUUGUACAGAGUAAGAAGCCAGGGAUCAUCAGCUCAAGCAGGAAAAAUGAUAUAAAGGUUGUAGGGUGUAAAGAUGUUGUUGAUGAGAGGUCUCUUAAGUCAGUAUCCAAAAAGAAACCAGGAAAAUUCGACCCAAGCAUGAAAGUUGAUAUAAAGGUUGUGGGUACACGUAAAGAUUUGGUUUAUGAGAGGUCUCUUCAGUCGGUAUGCAAAAGGAUUCCAGGAAACAUCGAUCCAAGCAGGCUAAAUGAUAUUAAGGUUGUGGGUACACGUAACGAUUUUGUUGAUGAGAGGUCUCUUCAAUCUGUAUCUAAACAGAGGAAUGUUAAAACUGUUCCUCAAGUUCCACCUUAUAAAGGUGGCAAAAUCCGUUCUUCUGAGCUCAAACCUCAAUGGAGAUUCUAGGGUCAAGACGGUGACCAAGAGCUACGAGCAAAGCCAUACAAUCUAUACAGCCAGGGAUGUUUCGGUACAUGAUCUUUUUAUAUUCAGUUGAUAUUAGUUGCUAAAAACUUAAUUUUCUAGUUGUGUAUGCAGGUUACAAAGAGUGCAACAACUUAACAGAUUAUCUCCAGUUUUUAAUUGUGAGGCAAGCUGUAAAUAAAGCUAAGCAGUUGCAAGGGUAAAGGUAUGUCGAAUAUCAAAAAGACCAUUAACCAUUGAGUGGAUUGUUUUUACUGUAUGCAUUGCGAAGGUACAGGUAUAUUAAAACAGACUUCCACCCACCAUGACCCCAACUCCCACCCAUCAAGAC